CUUGACCAGAGAGCAGGGGAACAGUGGACUUAUACUACUGUAAUCGUAAAACAUUUCAGGCCCGGUCUGUCGCCGCAAACUAGCAAUGGCUGUCUGGUAAUGUGGACCGUCGGAUGUGGAAGCCAUCGAUGCCGCUGUCCUCCCGCCGUGCCUUUGUGAGCUCUGCCGGGCCGAGACCCACCACCAUGGCCUCAGCGUUACCCCGCUGCACAUCUGUCAGACUCCCCGCUGUUGCCACUGUCGUCCUGCUCCUGGUGUCGGUGACCACUGUACAGUCCUCUCAAGGCGACAAGGAGCCGGUUUACCGCGACUGUGUUAAGCAGUGUGUCCGGACCAACUGCACCGGAGCUCGGCUGCGGGGCUUUCAGUCUGCCCAGCCGCAGUACAUGGCGCUGACAGGUUGGACAUGUCGUGAUGACUGUCGCUAUCAGUGCAUGUGGACCACCGUGGGGCUUUACCAGGCCGAGGGGUACAGGGUCCCGCAGUUCCAUGGCAAGUGGCCAUUUGCGCGCUUCCUGUGUUUUGAGGAGCCAGCUUCCGCCCUGGCCUCUCUGCUUAACGGCCUGGCAUGCCUUCUCAUGCUGCUGCGCUAUCGGAGCACGGUGCCACGCCAGAGCCCCAUGUACCACACCAUCAACGCCUUCUCUCUGGUGUCUCUAAAUGCCUGGUUCUGGUCCACAGUGUUUCACACCCGGGACACGUAUCUUACUGAGAAAAUGGACUAUUUCUGUGCGACAGCUGUCGUUCUGUACUCGAUCUACCUGUGCUGUGUCAGGACACUGGGCCUGAGGCGACCUGGGGUGUCCAGCAUGGUGGGAGUCCUGCUCAUCUUGGCCUUUACCUCUCAUGUGUCCUACUUGACCUUUGUCAGUUUCGACUACGGCUACAACAUGGCUGCUAACGCCUCCAUCGGCAUGGUGAACCUCCUGUGGUGGCUGUGCUGGUGCUGGCAGAACCGGCGGACCCUGCCAUACUGGUGGAAGUGCGGCUUGGUGGUGCUGAUGCUUCAUGGUCUAGCCCUGCUGGAGCUGCUGGACUUCCCCCCAAUGCUCUGGAUCCUAGAUGCUCACGCCGUGUGGCACCUCAGCACCAUACCUGUCCACUUCCUGUUCUACAGUUUCCUGAUAGACGACAGCCUCUACCUGCUAAACACAGAGAAGAUGGGUGUAAAAGUCGAGUAGGAGGAGCUCAUCGCCUCAUCACCACGCCUACACCCUCGCACCUCUCCAAUCAGGGCACCCGAACACGGAAGUAGCUCAGCCUCCCAGAUGACAUGCAUGACACCACAAUGACUUCCAUCAAAGUAGACUUUGUUUACAUUUUUCUUGUUUUAAUCUCUUUUUCUAUUCAUCUGGGGGUAAUUUCUCUCUUGUUUUAGAAGUAUCGCAACUGAUGCUUGCUCUACUUAACUUUGCCUUGUACUGACGUGUGUUCUACGGUUCUUGUGUCAUUUGUUAUAGCAGCAAAACAGGAUGAAGGAAAAAGUUUUGUAUUCUCCCGCAGCAAACCCAGUUUAUUGACUUCCAAAUGGGAUGCAUACUGUUUCUUUCGACUCUCAGGUACUUCUGAAAUUGAUCCCCUGAACCCAUGAUUUGACUCUCACUGGCCUCUUGGAAGUCCGACACACUUGUCUCUGCACAAAUGGCAGUUUGCCGUGGCUGACAAUAGAUGGCACCAAAUCCCUUUGCCAGGCCAUCAUAAUAUGCUCCGGUCCAGCAUGUGUCGGGGGCCGUCUGUGCCAAAAGUGGACUAGUGGACACAGAGAGGUGCCCCUUGUGAAGCGGGGGGGGGGCUGCCAGUAGAUUGUUCUAGAGAGGUGGGGAAAGGGGUUUAUGUUUGGAAGCCAUUCUAGCUGACUGUGUCUCUUUUUUUUUUCUCGCCAUCACACCUUUAUUUUUGUGCCUCUGUUGUUUCCACUGCUGCUUUUGUUUCUCUUAGUAGAAUCUCAGAUUUUCAUCCUCAUCAGCUGCCUUAGUUGUUUUAAAUCCUUUUGUUGUUGUCGACCAGUUUGUGCUUUAUUCUGUUGACGGUUUUACUUGAUUUUGAAUUUGGGUGGGAUAUGCCUGAUGAUCAUAAAAUGUUCUUUUUAUUCACCUGGAUUGCCUUUUAGUGUGAAGAAAAGGAGGAAAUGAUCGAGAUGGGACAAAUAAGCUGCGGCAGGAAACUGCAGACCUUUUCUUUUUUUUUUAAUCAAGAGUUUCUGAUCAAUUCUGGGGUUUAGGUGGUAUGUGUUUGUGGGUGUGUGUGUGUGUGUGAGUGAAUGAGUGUUAACAUGUUUGUUUGAUGCCCAUUUUCUGGAUUUGGUUGCAUUUCUUGCUGUAAUAUUCCCCAGAAUGGCACACACAACCAGCUGCUUUAGAGUUAACUGUCCCAUCAUGUGCAUCAAAUGCUCCAUUUACUUCCUUCCAUGUCUGCCUUCCCCACUGUAUCAUAACCUGCUUGUCAAUGAACAUGUUUCUUCUUUUUCUUUUAAAUCAAAUCUCCUUCCCCCCCCCCCCUCUCACAGCUGGCACCAAAACUCUUGAAGUCAUACCAUGUAUGUCUUCAUUCCUCAGAGUUUCCCUCCAUUUGUGCACUUUAUGUGUGUGUCUGUGCAUUUACAUGCAUUUGUUUUUUAUUUGAAAUUCUGCCCAUGCCUUUUGUAUCUCUGUGUGAGAAUGUGAACAAUGAACAGUAUGUGUGUACACGUU